UUCAUGGUACAAUUUAAAUUCAUUGGUCAUUAUUAUUGUCACUUCAGGCAAUGGUAUCUGGUUUGAUAACGAUUCGAGAUUCAUUGGUAAUAUCAAGAAGAGUAAGAAAACUUUAAAUAUGAACAACAACUAGGCCACCCAUACUCCCCAUUCGUCGUGUCGUGCCCAUCCCCCUUAUUGGUUUUGUAUCUUUUCUUGAAAACUUCAAAAAGAAAGAUUUCGAAUUCGUAGGGACGACGGAGAUCUCUUCUCGCAUGGCUUCUCUAUUGACGAAGCUCGCGACCAUCUUCAUUUUAUCUACUUUUUUUCUCACUAUGGUAAACUCGGAACCAGAGUGUCGGAACUUGAGAUCGAUCUUAAGUUUCGGCGAUUCGAUUGCCGAUACUGGAAACUUGCUCGGCCUCUCCGAUCCUAACGAUCAUCCUCAGGUCGCGCUUCUACCGUACGGAGAAACUUUCUUCCACCAUCCCACCGGACGUUUCUCAAACGGCCGCCUCAUCAUCGAUUUCAUUGCUGAAUUCUUAGGUUCGCUCGUGCCUCCAUUUUAUGGAUCUCAAAAUGCAAACUUUGAGAAAGGAGUUAAUUUCGCGGUAGGUGGAGCAACAGCACUGGAACGUUCCUUUCUUGAGGAGAGGGGAAUUCACUUUCCUUGCACCAAUGUCAGUUUAGGUGUUCAGCUUAGUAGCUUCAAGGAGAGUUUGCCUAAGUUAUGUGGCUCUCCUUCAGACUGCAGAGAUAUGAUAGAAAAUGCUUUAAUUCUCAUGGGAGAAAUUGGAGGGAAUGACUAUAAUUACGCAUUCUUCGUGAACAAAAGCACUGAAGAGACCAAUGAGCUGGUUCCACUAGUUAUCAGAACUAUUUCUUCCGCAAUCACGGAGUUAAUCGGUAUGGGAGGGAAAGCAUUUCUAGUUCCCGGAGAAUUCCCUAUGGGAUGCUCAGUGGUCUAUUGGACAAUAUAUCAGACAACAAACAUGGAAGAAUACGAUCCUUUAACAGGAUGUUUGAAAUGGCUGAAUAAGUUUGGAGAAUAUCACAACGAGCAGCUUCAAGUAGAACUCAACAGACUUCAGAAGUUGUACCCUCAUGUCAAUAUCAUAUACGCGGACUACUACAACGUUCUGUCGAGCAUUUUCCAAGAACCAGCCAAAUUCGGGUUCAUAAACAGACCCUUGUCGGCUUGCUGCGGUUUUGGAGGACCGUACAACUAUACGGUGGGUAAGAAAUGCGGGACUGAUGUAGUUGAAGGUUGUAGUGAUCCUUCAAAGUAUGUGGCUUGGGAUGGUGUUCAUUUGACUGAGGCUGCGUACAGCUUGAUUGCUGAGGGUAUACUAAGCGGACCUUAUACAAUUCCUCCUUUCGAUUGGUCUUGCCUCAGCUCUAGAAAAAUUAAGAACAAUGGAGGAUCAUAUCUGACACAACCAAUAUUUUGAGGAACAACUGAUCUAAGUUGGUCAAAUAAAUUGAGAGAAGGAUACUAAUAAAACCUUCUUUUAGUGCUUGUCUUGGUUUAUGUAUUGUAUUCAAACAAAUAUAUGGUUAAUUAAAGUAUGCAACUAUUUGUUAAAAAACUA